UUCCUUGCAAUCUGCAAUGCAAAUAUGCUAAAAAAUUCGUUAAAAACUGUUUUAAGACUGAACAUUAAACAUCCAGUUUGUGUGUUACAUUUUAGAUUGACACAUUCUAGGCGGACUUUCUUUCAUCAAAAUUCAUGUUUGCUAAAAUUUAGUGUUAAGUCAUGGACUGGAAGUACAAGAUCCUGCAGCAGUAACACUGACCAAGGACGAUUUAAGAGGGUUCUUAAGGCAUUUGUUGGAACAUUUUGUCUUGGCACUGUUAUUAUGGGAAUAUUAACGUCUUCAAAAAUUAAGAGACGCCUUGCAGGCAUUGAGAAUGUUGAAGAUAGUGCUUGGAAUCCUAUCAAACAUUACAUUCAGUUUAAAGGAGUUGUUUUGCCACAAUUUACUGAAAAUAAUGUGCACAAAUUUGAAACUUUUGAAGUUAGGCCAGAUGAUGUUUGGGUUGUUUCAUUUCCAAGAUCAGAAACAGAAUGGAUACAUGAAGUAGUAUUUUUGAUAAAUUCAAACAUGGAUUUAGUAAAAGCCAAAACUGUUUCUAUUGACGACAGAUUUCCAUACCUGGAAUACCUAACACCAGGACUUGAUGCUAUAGCUAAUUUACCAUCGCCAAGACUGAUCAAGACACACUUACCAUUGAAAUUAUUACCAGAGGAAAUUAGGAAAUCAAAGGUGAUAUAUGUUGCCAGAAAUCCUAAAGACACUGUAGUUUCUUAUUACCAUUUCUGUAAGCAGCUGAAGACUUUCAACAAGAGCUUUAACUCAUUUGUGAAAGCUUUUAUCAGUAAUAGAGUGGGAUAUGCUCCAUGGUGGCAACAUGUACUGAAAUUCUGGAAAAUCAGAGAUGAUCCAAAUGUUCUGUUUAUAACAUAUGAAGACUUGUGUGAGGACAUGGAAGGCAGUAUAAGGAAGAUAUCAAAGUUCCUUGACAAAGAAUUGACUAAUAAUGAUCUUAACACCUUAUUAAGUCAUUGUAGUCCAGAAAACAUGAAAAACAAUAAACAAGUCAGCUAUAAAUGGCAUCUAGGAGAAGGAGAUAAUGAACAACCUAAUAUCAUGAAAGAUGGAAUUGGUGAAUGGAGAAAACAUUUUGAUGAUGAACCAAACUAUCAAAUAAAUAAACUUGUUGCACAUAAACUGGCCAAUAGUGGACUUGCCUUUAAAUAUGACAAGGAAGAUAAAAAGGACAGAUGAAGUGACUGUAAUAAAUGGUUACAGAUAGGGGAUGCUGGAGAUGCUUCAUCAACAGAAAGAAUGUCCUAGAAUGGGUCCUAUAGGAUUAUCCAUGAUUGAAGUUGUGUGCUGUGUGAUCAAUUUAUGUUAUGAUAAAGAAGACCGAGGUUCCACCAAUUUUGGUGUUUUCAGAAAUAAAUCUAUUUGCUAUAAAUCAGUUUUGUAUUAUUUGAUGAUGUUUGUUUUGCUUAGUCUCUUUAGUAUUUUAUGUUGUUUGCCAUUUUGACGCUUCCAGGGUUUUGUCAAUAUAAAAAUAAGAAGAUGUGGUAUUAUUGCCCAGUAAUGUAGCACCAGUGUAGCAUUGUAACCAUUUGCUUACAAAUAAUUUUAUAAAACUUUUUUUUUUUCAAUAAACAUUUUACUAUACCGGUAAUGGUUCAGCGUCUGUUUGGCUGCCGCCCCCAGACCCCCUGCUUACAAUUUAUUUUCCAGUGGCUA